UAUAUAGAGAGAGAGAGAGAGAGAGAGAGAAAGAGAAAGAGAGAUUGAGAGAGGAUAUGGAAGAGAUUAAUCACUUUAGUCAUGAAAAACAUCCAUUAAAGCUCAUAAACUCUGAGACGAUUGUAGGUGCUAGUUUCGGUGGUGGUGAAAAAAUAUCACAAUUCAUUGGCUGCAAUGCAUGUGAAAAACCCAUAUCAAUUGGCUUUACAUAUGGUUGCAUCCAAUGUUUUUACUUUCUGCAUAAAACAUGCAUACAACUUCCCCCUACUAUCAAUGACCCUUCCUUAUAUAAUCACUCUCUAACACUUACUCAUAUGACAAAUUACAGAUCAUGGAAAUGUGUGGUCUGUCGUAUUCGAAAGAAACCUGGGGUGUUUUCAUAUACUUUUGAAAAGGAUAAUAUAUACUUCUUUAAAGCUUGCAUUGAUUGUUGUGUUUCUAGGAUUACUCGCAAGGCUGAAGCCGACACCAUAAAGGAGGAGGCAAAGAUGAAGGUUGAACAUGAAGGUCAUCCACAACACACUUUAAGCCUUAAAUUAAGACCUGUUGCGGUGUUUUGUGAUGCUUGCAAAACUAAGGAUGAAGGCUUAUUCUAUGAGUGCAACAGCGGUGACUUCUGGAUCCACAAGACUUGUGCUUCCUUAACACAUACCAUCAACCUACCUCAUCACCCCAAUCACAAAUUGGUUCUCGUCUAUUCUCUUCCAGAAAUAUUCUUUAAUUUCUGGUAUUAUUGUGAAAUAUGCAAUGAAUACAUUCAGCAGAAUGAGUGGUUGUAUCAUUGUGCAAAUUGUAGAUAUUUUGUCCAUAUCAGGUGUGCCUUAAAUACAGAGCAAGCUUCUGGUAAUCUAAGAAAUGUCUCAAGUACUUCUUUUGUUGAUGAAGUCGUAGAGGACUUGCUGGAAUUUCCCAUGUUAGAGACAUUCACGGAUCCGUUAAAACUUCUACAUUUGGAUAAGACAACUGAUGAGAGUAAAGAAAUUAAACAUUGGAGCCAUAAUCAUCCAUUAAUCCUUAAUGUAGCUCAUCAUGGUAACAACACGCAUGGUAUCUUCUCUAGUGAUCCAAUAGAGGUAUGUCACGGCUGUGUACGACCGCUCUCCCUUCCAUAUUAUAGUUGCAAAGAUAGAUGCUCAUUCUCUCUCCACAAAUAUUGCGCCGAGUUACCACUCAAACUACAAUAUCCACUUCACCCAGAUCAUUCGCUUGUUUUGAUAAAUGCAGCGGGACAUGGUAUAAAAUAUAAAUGCAUUGGUUGUUUUAGCUACGGCAACAUGUAUUUGUACAUAUGUGAAAUUUGUGAGUUUUACCUUGAUGUCAAUUGUGCAUUUUUACCCCAAACCAUUAAACACAAAUCCCACAACCAUCCUCUUAUCCAAGUUAUAGAUCCCGAACCUCUUUGUAGCGCUUGCACCAAAUAUUUUGAAGGUAUAAGCUAUGCUUGUAAGCCUUGCGACUUCAUAUUAGACAUGUAUUGUGCAAUGAGGUCGCCACAUUCCCUUGAUCAUAAAUAUUGCAAAGGACAUAAAAUCCCAUUGAUGUAUCCCCCAAUCAUCGAUCAUCCAGAAGAUUUCUAUUGUGAUAUUUGUGAGGAAGAAAUGCACCCCAAGUUGCCACUCUAUUAUUGUCACAAAUGCAAAAAUUCUUUUCAUCUUGAUUGCAUUAGUCGAAUCAAUCGGCGAGAAAACAUGUUGUACAAGGGCACAAGAAAUGUUUCCUAUCAUAAACAUCCAUUAACAUUUGUUCGGAGAAAGAAAACGCCCAAGUAUGUGUGUUCUGUUUGUAAUCAAGAUAUUAAUGGUUAUUUGAGCCUCGAAUGUCGGGCAAGAGUGUGUAAUUUCAGUAUUUGUUAUGAAUGUCAUUUUAAGAAAUUAUGAAUCCUCAAUCAUGUCAUUGUUUCCAUA